AUGUUAGAUGCGCCGACACCGAACGCGAAGCCAAACAAGCGCAAGGUGCGGUGGGACGACGAAAGUGUGGCGGAACUCUUUCGCCUGCGCUACAAGUCGCAUUUUACGUCAAGGGUCGACUCCAAAAACAGCGCGGAAAAGAAGACCGCGUACGUGAUGCUGGCGUCGGAGAUCAACGUGUCGAUGGAAAAGGACUUCUCUGUGGCGCAGGUCCAAGACAAGUUCGGCAAAUUGAAGACAUCGUGGUCGUUGACGAAUCCCUCGAACCCGAGCGAAACAGAGAACGCUCCUUGGGCACCGUUGCCUCCGCAUUGCGACCAACAAGCCACGGGAACGUCGGAAGAAGCGCGCAAAAGUCUCGAAAGCGAGGCUUUGGAAGAUGGGUGCGCCACCAAUCCCGCCGCCCCAGCUUGCCCCCUGGGGCUACACUAG